UGGGUGUUGACAUGUCAGUGUCACUUGGUCAGCUGAUUGCGGGUCUUAAAGCUUCUUGGCUAAUCCUGCUAGCCAGCUUAGUUAGCUUAGCCUAGCUGGAUGUUUGUUUUUGUUAACGUUACUCCAUAGAUACCUAUUCACGUAGUCCGAAACUUCUUAAAAAUCGGAAUAUUUUUUAACGUAUUUUAAACUACUCUACAGUCGCCACCGGAUCGUUUUGCGGCCUGAAGUUGCCGUUAGUGAGGCAGUAAUUAUUGUGGCAGGGAGGGAAGGGUGAAGUUGCUCUCCGUGUAUCUGCAUUGCAGCCCGGUGCUGCUGAUGGAAUUCAAACACACAACAAUGGCGACUCCCAGUCCUAACAACUCAACAACAUCUAGCAGCCACAACAGCAGCAAUAACGCAGGAUCUGCACCUCACCACCAUAACCAAUCCCAAUCUCAGCACAUUACUACAAUGAGCAGCAUGCAGGAGUCCAACACCUGCUGGAGAUGUCAGAGUGAAACAGGGUUUCAGAUAAACCUGUCUGGAGCUCCCCCAAGUAAACGCAAAGCUCUGAAGCUGAACUUUGCCAACCCUCCGAUCAAACCCGCGACUAGAUUCACACUGAACACGGCCGGGCCGCCCUUUCAAAACCCGCACAUAGAGAGGCUGAGAACACACAGUAUCGAGUCAUCAGGGAAGUUGAAGAUCUCCCCGGAGCAGCACUGGGACUUCACAGCCGAGGAUCUCAAAGAUUUGGGCGAGAUCGGCCGCGGGGCUUACGGCUCCGUCAAUAAGAUGGUGCACAAGCCGAGUAACCAGAUCAUGGCGGUCAAGAGAAUUCGGUCAACAGUUGACGAAAAGGAACAGAAGCAGCUGCUGAUGGACCUUGAUGUGGUCAUGAGAAGUAGCGAUUGUCCCUACAUCGUGCAGUUUUAUGGCGCUCUGUUCAGAGAGGGCGACUGUUGGAUUUGUAUGGAACUUAUGGCUACCUCGUUAGACAAAUUUUACAAAUUUGUAUAUUGCUCAUUAGACGACGUGAUUCCAGAGGAAAUAUUAGGGAAAAUAACAUUAGCGACUGUGAAGGCCCUUAACCACUUAAAAGAAAACUUGAAAAUAAUACACAGAGACAUAAAGCCGUCAAACAUCCUCCUGGACAGGAACGGCAACAUAAAGCUGUGUGACUUUGGCAUCAGCGGUCAGCUGGUGGACUCCAUCGCCAAAACCCGAGAUGCAGGCUGCAGACCCUACAUGGCACCAGAGCGAAUAGACCCGAGCGCGUCCAGGCAAGGCUACGACGUCCGCUCAGACGUUUGGAGUUUGGGAAUCACACUGUAUGAGCUGGCCACAGGGAGGUUCCCCUACCCAAAGUGGAACAGUGUGUUUGACCAGUUGACCCAGGUGGUGAGAGGAGACCCACCACAACUCAGCAACUCGGACGAGAGGCGCUUCUCUCCCAAAUUCAUCUCCUUUGUCAACGUGUGCCUUACAAAGGAUGAGUCGAAAAGGCCAAAGUACAAAGAGCUACUGAAAGAUCCGUUCAUUCAGAUGUACGAGGAGCGCUCGGUGGAUGUAGCGAGUUACGUCUGCAGGCUCAUGGAUCAGAUGCCAGCAUCUCCCAGCUCACCUAUGUAUAUGGACUGAUAGCAGGCCAAGACAGAAAUACAUCAAUAAAUAUACACCAGUCUGCAACAAUAGAUAGAUACAUACAUAAAUUAAAAAAAGACAACAAUGUAAAACAAAACAAAUCCUUGUGUAAAUUUGCUUGGUCCCCUUAUUGCAGUGUUAAAAGAGAAUUGUAAAGCCUAAAAAAAAAAAAGCACCAUUUGCAAUAAAGGUGGUGUUCAUUUCAGUCAUGUCUGUAUAAUAUAUCAACACUUCUAUUUCUCUCUUGUUCACAAACACACACCAAUGCACAGUCAUGCAAGUAUAUUAGCAGCUGAAUCAGUCAAUCAUAUGGUCUUGACUCAUCUUAAUGAGGACACAUCUCAGUGGUUAGUACAGUGAUUUAAGAAUAAAAAAUAAUAAUGUGGAACUUGUAUUUAUAGAACCAAAAUUGUUUGGAGAUUCUGCAACUUACUGGAAUCAUGCUUUUUGUGAAUUGUCCCACCUCUUCCAUGUACGUAACUGAAAGCAUUGUGUUUGGUAUCAUAAUGGAACUUUGCUUCUCUGGGUAUAAAGCAGUUUAAAAGUGUUGGUGGUCAGAAUCAUGCAGUCCAGUCAGUGCUGACAGGCUGCUGUCCUCACUGUACUCUGGACUAUAGCUGAUGUAUGAAUAAAGAAGGAGAAAGGAAAA